GCAGGUCCCGGGGUCCCGGUGGCAGCCGGAGCGCUUGGUCCGCAGGCAGCGGGCGGGUGGUCCCCCCUCCGCCCCCACCCCGCGCGUGCGCGCCCCGGCCCCUCCCUCCCUGCCACCCCCCUCGGCUCCCGCGCGGCGGCGGCGGUUCCUUUCCCCCUCCCCCCAGCCCUGGCUCCGGGGGACCCCGCGAUGCCGGUCCGCACCGAGUGUCCCCCGCCGGCCGGUGCCUCGGCCGCUUCCGCGGCCUCGCUCAUCCCGCCGCCGCCCAUCAACACCCAGCAGCCCGGCGUGGCCACCAGCCUGCUCUACAGCGGCUCCAAGUUCCGCGGCCACCAGAAGAGCAAGGGGAACUCGUACGACGUAGAGGUGGUGCUGCAGCAUGUGGACACGGGGAACUCGUACCUUUGUGGAUACCUGAAGAUAAAAGGCCUUACUGAGGAGUAUCCAACCCUUACGACCUUCUUUGAAGGAGAAAUAAUCAGCAAAAAACACCCUUUCUUAACGCGGAAGUGGGAUGCAGACGAGGAUGUGGAUCGGAAACACUGGGGCAAGUUUCUGGCUUUUUAUCAGUAUGCAAAAUCAUUUAAUUCUGAUGACUUUGAUUAUGAAGAGCUGAAGAAUGGGGAUUAUGUCUUCAUGAGGUGGAAGGAGCAGUUCCUGGUCCCAGACCACACGAUCAAAGACAUCAGCGGCGCUUCCUUUGCUGGGUUCUAUUACAUCUGCUUCCAGAAGUCGGCAGCCUCCAUAGAGGGCUACUAUUACCAUAGGAGUUCAGAAUGGUAUCAGUCUCUCAAUCUAACUCACGUUCCUGAACACAGCGCGCCCAUCUACGAGUUCCGGUGACAGCGGUUCAGAGCAGGAACCAAAUAAAACUGAACUUGGCAAAAAAAAAAAAAAGAAAAAAAAGAAAAAAAAAAAGAACUUUGCCAAGAAAAUUGUGUACCUGCCAGAACCAGGAGAACGUGUGUUCCUGUUUCUUCACGAGCAGACUCGCAUUGGAAAGCAUGAAUGUUAACCCACAGAAUCCAAGGAGCAUGGCCAACCAGCGGGGCAGAUGCAGGGAGCGUUCUCCGCUCUUCCCCGCUCUCUGCGGCAGUUUGGUCUUCAUCUGGUUUUAAGCUACCUUAAAUGCACUUUUCCUUCCUGCACAGCUAACUUCUGUAUCACCGAAAGGCCCAUGAGGCCCAUUCCUUCCUCCAUCCCCACCUCCAACCAAUUAGAAGGUCAGCAGCCCCCCCACCCCGGUCACUCUCAGCCUUGGUGCUCAGUGGUCUCUGCCCAGGCCCCAGCCCUGUGCGCUGCCCCCUCCCCUACCCCCAGUUGCUUAGUCUGGUAGCUUAAGAGAAGGCAGAGCCCCAGCACACAUGUCUCCCCCAUCCUCCCCAGAGCUCUGUGCAGGAAUUCGGGGAGCUACAGCAGCAUCUGCCAAUGAAACGGGAGGCAGAGGCUGCUUCAUGGGGUCACCUGGCACUGCCCAGCCCCGCCGUGUUCACGCCGACCCAUUCAGUGGCUGGCAGGUUCCCUGGGCCUGCCAUCGGGGAUCACUGAAUUUUAAGGCUUCCAGAUCCCUGGCAGGAACAGAUUAUGAUCCUGCUCCACUCAGCACGUUUGCUCCAAACUUUUGAACUUGAGGGCAAUACUAAACUUUAAAAAAAAAAAAAAAAAGAAAGAAAAAAAAAAGAGUUUUUUUAUUACAAAAUUAUUUUUAUGGUCCCUUUAACAAGGACCCUAUGGCAAAUGCACAAUUAUUCAGAACUACAUUUUAUCGUUUUCACAUUGAAAACAGCAAAUGUUGACUUAGUAAUUUUUAUACCUAUAUCUAUAUGUAAAUGUAUAUUUAAUCAACCAGCAGUUUCAAACUAGUCAUCCUGGUACAAAAGUUUUGCAGCAUCGCAUCCACUCUAGUGCUAAACCUGAGAGCUGUCUUUGGGGCCGGGUUAGCAUUUGUACCUCUCCUUUUGCUACUCACGACAACAGUGCUCCGAGGCGACCUUCUCCAUUGAGCCCAAGGGGCCGCUGUUCUCCCGAAGCAGCACUCUGAAAUGUUGGGGGAGGGGUGGGAACAUGAACACGCUCAAAUAACUCAAGGCUCACGUGCCAAAAUGUAUGUGUGGGUGUGUGUGGGCGGGGUGUGGUUUUUUGGGGGGGAGGUGUUUUUUAACGUUUUAAAAAGCUUAAUAGGUUGGCAUCAUUUGGGGCAUCGCAUCUGUUGGCGGUUUACGAGACUUGCUCAGAAUUCAGGAGGGAGAGCUGGAACCCACAGGAGCAAAACGGGCUGAAAGCUGCAUAUCCAGGGUCAGCGUAAGCACACAUGCGGCCCCUCGAUCUACAGGAGUUUUGGGGAUAUGGUGUAUUCUUAUAAAGUGACUUUCCUUUUGACAACCUUUGUACUGUACGUGACUGAGACUGAAUUUCGGGGAAGCCUUCAAGGAGAAAUACUUGGGAUACUAGGCAGUGGUGCCAGGACACCAAGGCAGUGUCAUCCUAAGGCUUUGGGCAGACGUGAGACUGACCCCUGUAGGGAGGCCAGGAUCUUGGAGGCCCCAGAACGUUGGAGCCCCAGUGACCGCAGUGGAAAAAGGAUUCCCGUCCGUUUGGCAGAGAGGAGUCCGAUGUUUUCUUGAUUCUGAAACUUCCAGGCAUCAGGAUAGCUGGCUCUGGUCCCACCAGCUGAUGGCAUAGUACCGAGACCACGCUGGCUUGUCCCCCGUGUAGCCGGCAGGCAUCCUGUGAGUAGAGGACACGGUGGGGCCGUGCUUUCCCAGGCUGCACGAGCCGUCCGUUCCUUCUCACAGUGUGCUCACCCAGCUUGGCUGAAUUUUGCAAGCUCCUUGAAGGCUAGAGGGAGGCCCCACUCGGAACCUAAGGGGUGAGCUCCCUUCCUGGAGAUCAUCGGGACCCUGUCCGUGCGGAACUGGAGGUCAUUCGGUCAGUCCAGCACACAGGAAAGACAUAUGCAAACACUUCUCCCAUUCAGCUAGCCAGAACGGCCAGGUUCGACCCUAGGAUUUCUUCCUUCCUUUUUUUAGCGAGGUAAUGAAGUGUACCUGUUGUAUUGGGGAAAAUGAAGAAGUGAUACUUUUGCUAGAUCUUCUGGGUGCAUCUGUGAUGAAGCUUUGUUUGCGUAAACAUCUGCGUGGUUGAGGACAGGGAAGGCAUUAUCUGUCCACCUCCUCUUAGUAAUUCCCGAACAAUCGACAUCAACCCUUUUCUUUCUCUUGAGUCCUCAAAGGAACUUUGGGGAUCAUCCCUACCCGGGGUUACCUUUUCCUGAACCUUCUCAGCGGUUUACAUGCCAUUGGUACUAUGUGCAAUAGUUUUGGUUGACAUUUGUGUUCAGUAAGAAAUCAGUGCAGGUUGCAGAUUUUCUACCGUCUUCCUCCACCCCAAACCUGCCGUGAGGUGGGAUCUUAGAGAUUCCCACUGCUCAGAAGGCCUCCAUUCUGCGCCCCUAGCCUUGUCUCUCUUCUGUGCUGGAAUUAUCCCUUCCCACCUGCCCCUACUUUUAAACUAUACAGCAUUUCAGCUGCAGCCCAAAAGUAAGCAAUGCCUAAUAUGAAGUAGAAAGUCCCAUCUGUGUGCUGGUUCUGUUGGUAAUGUGGAUCUCACAAACUCCAGGGGAGCAAAGGGGCUUUUCAGUGUCUUUUGCUUUCAGAAACAGGGAAUUUAUAUUCUAAGGCCUUGAAUUGAGUUUUUUUUCUCAUAAAAUAGUCUGAUAAGCUAAUUUUUAAAAAGAAAUGCCAUUAAGUAUGUUGCAUUGUGGUUUAAAAUUACUAACAAGUUCUGGGAAAGAAUAUUUGAUUUUGAAUCUUACAUGUUUUUAAAAAUUAGAUAUGAAGGGGCACAAAGUAUGAAUAUUUUGUUUCUUUAGGGAGGACAUGUGGAAAGGGUUUGAGGGUUUGGGACGGGAGAAGUAUUUUGCAGAGAUAUCAAUGUCCAAAUAAUUUUUAAAAAAUAAUAAAGGUAUUUAAGCAGUGA